UACAUCCAUCUGCCUCCAUAUUUUACUGCCUCAUAGAAUAUUACAUAAUUGGCGACGAGGAUUUAAGGAGUGGCGUGUCAGAGGACAUAAUUGAUUGAUUGCUGAGAAAUGCUGGAGUAAACAGAUCGCUCGACAUCACUGGCAGAGUAUACCGGUGAUUAUCAAGACAAAAUGACUUCACUGGUGGGGACGGUGAGUCCUUUUGAUAAUGCAUCACAGUUAUGGGAUGAAUAUAUCGAAAUGCUCGAAUAUUUUUUCCAAGCCAAUGGAAUUGACAGUGCUGAGAAAAAGAAAGCGGUGCUGUUAAGUGGUGUUGGGGCAUCGACAUAUAGUUUAUUAAGAAGUUUGAUCUGCCCUGAAAAGCCAGGAGACAAAACCUAUGAGGAGCUGGUGACUGUGCUAAAGACUCAUUACAAUCCUAAGCCAAGUGAGAUAGUGCCAAGAAUUAAGUUUAACUCACGUACACGGAAAAAUGGUGAGACUGUUGCUGAUUUUGUGGCAGAACUGAAAAAGUUAGCACAGCACUGUGAGUACGGGUCUACACUUCCACAAAUGCUGCGAGACAUACUCGUCUGUGGAGUGAACGACGACCGAAUGCAGAGAAGGCUGCUAUCGGAAGUGGAGUUAACUUUUGAAAAGGCACUGACAAUCUGCCAGGCAAUGGAGUCUGCAAACAAGAAUGUGAGAGAUUUGCAAGGAUUGUUAAUGGAGGACACAGCACAAACCAUGAAGUCAUUUAAAGGACCGGCAGCAGUGCAUAGAGUGUACACAUUUGAGAAGAAGGGUCGACAAAAAGACACGGUGUGUUACAGAUGCAAAGGACAACAUGCACCAGAGGAAUGCAAGUUUUUGAAUGAGCUCUGCCAUAAAUGUGGAAAGCGGGGACACAUAAAACGCGCAUGCAGGGCAAAACAAGCUGCUGGGGGGGGGGGUAGGGGGUCAAAACACUCCAUUUAA